CAGCAAGGGAAGCGGCGGCGGCGGCAGCAAGUGGUGCGAGCGAGACGGUCUUUCUCUCGUGCUUCUGCCCCAUGAAGCCCGGGUUUGCAGUCCUGGAUGCUGUGAACCAUGUAUGAGGGGAAAUUGAAUUGACCGUCAGCAACCUACAAUUAGCAGCAACUAUCUUGGAGCAUGUGAUAGCCAAGCGGGAUGGAAUAUGAACAGCAACCUGUGUAAAUGGUGUGACAACACAAACCCAAAAUGUGAAGAUCAGGUGUGCUACAGCAAGUGUGAUUUAAGCUCCUAUUGCGAAAAGCCAGAGGAAAUCUGUGUGUCUAUAUGGAAACAAGACAAUCAGAGUGUUCGGGUGAGCACGCUCUGUCACAAUCCACAUUUCCCUGUGGAAAAUGUCAUGGUUCUCAAAUAUAACACAUCACGGUGCGUCAUGGUCCGUCAGCACAACGAGGAUGGGAUAUUUUACAUCUGUGGCUGUGUCAAUGAGCAGGAAUGCAAUGACAGACUUAUAUUUGAAAAUCAUACCAACGGCUAUUCCAUGUUACAAAGCAAGGAAAUAAUUCCUGUGGCAGCCAUCAGCCUGUUACCUCCGCUGCUAGUCGCCAUCGUGAUAACAGUAAUAUUCUACCUCUGCCGAACCCAUAAGCAGAGGAGGCGAUCCAAGGAAUGGGCCCAGAAACAAGCCCAGCGUCAUGCCCUGUCUGAACCAAGCAGAGCCACCAGCUAUGAUGAGAUCCUCUCCGUCAAGAUAGACAGCCACUCUGCCAUGAGCCCCGUCCAUGCGAACAGCCUCAAUCCUAACACUGAACUCUUGCCCAUCGAACUGGACCAGCGAGUGGGGAAAGGGCAGUUUGCUGAGGUCUGGAAGGCAAAGCUGAAGCAUGCCUCCACUGGCCAGUAUGAGACAGUGGCCGUCAAGAUCUUCCCUUGUGAGGAUUAUGCUUCCUGGAAGAAUGAAAGCCAGAUCCUCGCCGAUACCAACCUUAAGCACGAGAGCAUCCUCCAGUUCUUCACUGCAGAGGAGAGAUACUCUGGCCUCCAGAAAGAGUACUGGCUUAUCACAGCCUACCACAGUGAGGGAAAUCUCAAGGAUUUUUUGUCCAAGAAUAUUCUGAGCUGGAGGGACUUGCAAAAUACCGCUGGCUCCCUCGUGAGUGGCGUGGCUCACUUACACAGUGACUACACCACCUGCGGCACUCCAAAGAUCCCCAUUGCCCACCGAGAUAUCAAAAGCACCAACAUCUUAAUGAAGAACAGACAGGAAUGUGUACUUUGUGAUUUUGGAAUCGCCUUGAGGCUAGAUCCAUCCUUAUCCGUGGAAGAUUUUGCUAACAGUGGACAGGUUGGGACUGCCAGAUAUAUGGCUCCUGAAGUCUUGGAAUCCAGAGUGAAUCUUGAAGAUCUGGAGUCUUUCAAACAAAUGGAUGUCUAUUCCAUGGCUCUGGUUUUAUGGGAGAUAGCCUCUAGGUGUGACGCUAUAGGAGAGGUCAAGAGCCAUGAGCUACCAUUUGGAUCCAAGGUCCGGGAGCAACCCUGCAUGGAGGUAAUGAGAGACAUUGUACUGCAUGGUCGAGGACGUCCAGAGAUACCGAGCAGCUGGCUGGUGCAUCAGGGAAUGCAUUUUCUGUGUGACACCAUCACAGAAUGUUGGGAUCACGACCCUGAAGCAAGACUCACGGCCCACUGUGUGGCAGAGCGGUUUAACCUGAUGGCACAAACAGAUUGCGAUGACAUCCUCAACAAUAACAACAUGGACAAUGAGGCAAGCAAAAUCGGUUGUUCAAGAGAUGAGGGUCAAGAUAGUCACAGGGACAUCCAGUGACUGGAGAAAGAAAAGCAGGGUGGAAGUACCACUGGACAUGCCACUCAAAAAAAAAAUUAUACAGCAACCCCGCCAUUUAGAUUUAUCAGUGAAUUAAAAAUAUUUAAUAAGAUCUUAUUUACUGACAAGAAGGCAGAUCCACUCUAUUAAUGUUAUGUCUGGUACAAUAUAUAAAUCAUUUUAUAUUCAUUUUUAAUGUAAAGUUAUUGGGUGAAAUCUGAGUCUCUCUCUGCUGUCAGGAGGCUUCUGUCAGAAGUAUAGGGAGGAAUUUCCCCUCACUUCUGUGCCCCCCAAUCUACUCCAGAAGGCUGGGAGACUCCUCAGAGCAGAGCACAUUUCGGAGAAGACAAAAAGGGUCUACAGUGGAGAGACGGUAACAUUCCACUGGGCUCAGGUUCAUGCAAUGCUGAAUGUAACUCAGAGCAAUUGGAUUUUUUUUAA